UCUUCCUUCUCUCUCUCUCUCUAAACCAACCAACCUCUCUUUCUCUCUCUUCAAAAUCUCUCUCCUCUGUUAUACUUUCAUAUGAUCAGCAUCUUCUGGAUUCAUUAUAUAUAAGAAUCAAAAAAACUUUAUAAUAUUAACUUCAUUUUUCAGCUAGAAAAACAAAUUUAUAAAAAGCUUACAUACUGUUUGUCUCAGAUCCCAAUAAAUUUAUCAUAUCAUAAAAUAUAAUCUGUCUUUCUCUCUCUAGGUUUUUAUAUUACAGUUCAGUGUUCACUAUCUGAUUUACUGAUUUAGCAGUAAGUUUAAAGCAAUCUCUCUCUCUCUCUUUCCUUCAUUUUUUCUCACCCUAUAUUUGUGGUCCUCUCCCUAUAUUAUUAUUACUCCUUCUUCCCUCUUUUUUCCCCUCUUUCUCUCUCUACCUUAAACUUUCUCUCUCCUAAUUUUUUCUCAUUUUUUCUUCAUACCCAUUUCAUAUAAUCACCUAAUUCAAGUACCCUUUUGAAGGUUUUGAUUGAUUCCAUCAAAAUCUAGUUUUCAAUUUUUAGGGUUUUUAAAGAAAAAUGCAGGAACAGGGGUUAGGGAUGAUGGGAGGCGGAAGCGGAGGCGGAAGUGGUGGUGGUUUUAGCGGAUUGAUGGCCGGAGAAAUGGCGUUUUCCGAUCAAUAUAGACAGCUAAAAGCUGAAAUUGCGACACAUCCGCUGUAUGAACAGCUGUUAGCGGCUCAUGUAGCUUGUUUGAGAGUUGCAACACCAAUUGAUCAGUUGCCUUUAAUUGAAGCUCAAUAUAAUCAAUCUCAUAAUUUAUUUCGUUCUUAUGCUACUAAUUCUCAACAUAAUCACUCUCUCUCUCCUCAUGAACGCCAAGACCUUGACAACUUUUUGGCACAAUAUUUGUUGGUGCUGUGUUCAUUCAAAGAGCAGCUACAAAAUCAUGUUAGAGUCCAUGCUGUUGAAGCUGUCAUGGCAUGCCGUGAAAUCGAACAAAAUUUGCAAAAUCUUACUGGCGCGACUCUAGGAGAAGGAACAGGUGCAACAAUGUCCGAUGAUGAGGAUGAUUUGCAGUUGGAAUACUCUAUGGAUCAGUCAUCUGGGGGAGAUGCACAUGACAUGAUGGGAUUCGGGCCUUUACUUCCUACUGAAUCUGAGAGGUCUCUCAUGGAAAGAGUGCGUCAUGAACUCAAGAUCGAGUUGAAGCAGGGGUUCAAGUCCAGAAUCGAAGAUGUCAGAGAGGAAAUUCUGCGCAAAAGGCGAGCUGGGAAACUACCAGGGGAUACCACUUCUGUUCUUAAGGCAUGGUGGCAACAGCAUUCGAAGUGGCCUUAUCCUACUGAAGAUGACAAGGCGAAACUAGUUGAGGAAACAGGGUUACAACUCAAGCAGAUUAACAACUGGUUUAUCAACCAAAGGAAGCGCAACUGGCAUAACAACUCUCAGUCUGCAAAUACUCUCAAAUCCAAGCGCAAGCGGUAAACAGGCCAUCCCACCUGAUUCAUUCCUGCAGAAUGACAUACAGAUCAGACCAGAAGAUCAUAUGCAAAUAUACGUUUUUGUAUCGCGUUUCCAUCAGUUUGUAUGUAACUUCUCGUGCAGGUUGAUAUCAAUCUAACCAAAACCACUGUUACUUUUGUGAUAUAUAUACUGAAAUUCAAUCAUGGAAUUACUGUUAGGAUGCAGGAUAUGCGACUUCGCUCAACAGUCUGGUGUAAAGAAAAAUGAUAAUGCAUAGAGGGGAUCAGAUUAGGUCUUUUGGAUUCUUAGUAAUGAUGUAAUAUACUACUUCUUCAUAUAUCCUAUUAUUAUGAUCUGAUCUUUUCAAUAUACUUAGUCCUCCUAUGGUUGAAAGUUACUUUCA